AUGGCGCAAUAUUUAGCACUCGAUCCAAAGGUUGCCGAAGAAUUAUUCAUUUAUCAUCAACUUUUUGAAAAAGCGGAUGUUGAUAAAAAAGGUGUUAUUGAAGGACAAAACGCAGUCAAUUUUUUUAAUAAAUCUGGACUGCCAAAAACAACCUUAAGAGAGAUAUGGACGCUUGCUGAUAGCAAUAAUAAAGGGUAUCUAACACGGGAGGAGUUCAUUAUUGCUGUUAAAUUAGUCGCCAAAGCACAAAAUGGGCAAGAUCUCAACCUAGCUAAUAUAAAUACAGGAGGGUGUCUUCCACGAUUAGAUAGAAACCCUGUUGAUAAUGUGGGAUUUGCGAUUCCAAAUGAAGUGCGAGAAAGAUAUAAGCAAAUAUUUGUUAACAUUAAUCCAGAUAAUGGCGUUUUUGGCGGAGAAAAAGCCAAACAAUUUUUUUCGAGAUCUAAGUUGCCAAUAGAUAAAUUAUCUCAAAUUUGGAAUUUAACUGAUACAAAACACAGAGGUAACUUGGAUCUAGCGGAAUUUGUCAUUGCAAUGUAUUUUGUUGAAAAUAUGAUGAAUGGGACGAUUAAGGUGCUUCCAAAGGUUCUUCCAAAUGGAUUAUAUGAAAAUGAAAUGAGAAUGGUGAAAAGUGGAAUUAUUGAUUCACAAAAUAAUGGUUAUGUCCAAACCAAGACAUACACGAUCGCGAAUCAAUUAAAUAAAAUGGACAAUAAUUGCUCUUCAGUCUUUCAAAAUCCUAUUGACACUAUUCCAAAGAGUGAAAAUCUUGAAGAUAAUACAUUGUUACCAAAGUGCCUUACGUGUAAGGUUAAAUAUGUUUACCCUCGCUCACAUUGGUGUUCGAUUUCAUGUAAAGAGAGAACUCCUAAUUGGCAAAAUCCGAUCAUUGAACAUAUUUUGUGUCUAUACUGUGGCAAGGAUAAUUUAAUACUUGGGCAAGACUUCUGCAGCGACCUAUGUGAUCGAUAUGUGCGUAAUAAUGCCCCAAUGAUACUAAAACUUCCUGAAGAUAAUCAAAAAUAUAAGGAUGUUUCAAAUCAGUUUAUACAAUCUUGGAAACAUCCCGAAAAAGAUUUGCCAGAGAUUUAUUCAAUAUGGAAAAUAUAUUGCACCGAAACAUUAAGUUCACAGUAUAGAUUAUAUCGAGAGAAGGUUGAAGGAAAGCAAUUAUUGUCAGGUAAACCGUUUCCGAAAGGUAACAGUCAACGGUUAAUGAGUGCUGGAAACGAACAACGAAGAUUUCAUGGUACAAAAACUGCAUGUUCUAUAGGUAUUGGAAAUAGUAAUCAUCUUUGCUCGAAUAAAUCAUGCUCUGUUUGUUGUAUUAUAAGAAAAGGAAUUUAUUUUUCAGCAACCUCGUCAAAAUCUGAUGAUUAUAAUACAGCCUCAUUAACUGUUUUGAACAAUAUAAGUUACAAAGUAAUGCUCUUGAAUAAAGUAGUCGUAGGGAAAGGAUAUUCACUUACAAAUGACAAUGGGAAACUUUCAAGCCCACCAACCGGCUAUGAUAGCAUACUAGGAGAACCUAGUGCAAAUGGAAGUUUAAAUUAUGAUGAAAUUGUAGUUUUUAAAGAUGAAGCUUCUAUUCCACAAUAUUUAAUUGUUUAUAAAGGUCAACCCGAAUUCUACCCGAAUGCUUCUGAUCAACCAAUUUCUAACGAAUCCUUAGAUCAACCAAUUUCUAAUGAAUCCUUAGAUCAACCAAUUUCUAACGAAUCCUUAGAUCAACCAAUUUCUAACGAAUCCUUAGAUCAACCAAUUUCUAACGAAUCCUUAGAUCAACCAAUCUCUAACGAAUCCUUAGAUCAACCAAUCUCAAACGAAUCCUUAGAUCAACCAAUCUCAAACGAAUCCUUAGAUCAGCCUAUUUCUAACGAAAUUCCGAGUCAACUUAACGAAACUUUAAGUCAAUCGGAUUCUGAAGAAACUUUAAAUAAAUCAAUUUCUGAAGAAACUUCAAAUCAGCUUAACCAAACUUCAGUUAAAAAUAAUGAAACAUCUUCUUCAGAUCAACAAGAUGAGAAUUUCCAUGCAUCUGAUACAAAAGGAGUUAUAAUUCAAAUUAAUUCUGAAAUUAUAAUUCAUGAUAAAGCAAUGUCAUCUGAUACAAUUGAAAUUUCAAUCAAAAAUGACAAUAAUGAAAUUCGGAUGGGCAAUAUGUUUACAAAAGUUGAACUAGAAAUGUCCUUAUUAGAACUUAGAAAAGAAGUAGCAGAAAUUGAAGCAAUUGGAAUGCUAAAUGUGACAAUAAUUCUAUGGGUAGAUUUGAGUGAUGAUUAA